UGACCGAACUGAUCGGUGUGUCGGUGGGACAGCAGCUAAAAACAAGCCAAAAAGAAGGACAAUUCGUGUUUCUGUUUUUCACGGAGGGACACCUUCAUCGCUGGGUCUUCCGUUAGAAGGACAUGUUUCAGUAGGACUCGUUUUUUGGACACAUCACCAUAAUGUCCGGGAACAGCCUGGUUCUACCCAUAGUGCUCUGGGGCCGCACGGCUCCCACCCACUGCAUCAGCAGCCUGCUGGUGAUGGAUGACUUCAGCACCAUCAUCACCGGCUGCCAUGACGGUCAGAUCUGCCUCUGGGACAUGACACCUGAGCUUGAGAUUUGUCCCAGAGCCAUGUUGUUUGGACACACAGCCUCCAUCACCUGUCUGUCCAAAGCCAGUGCAUGCAGUGACAAGCAGUACAUCGUCAGUGCAUCUGAGAGCGGGGAGAUGUGUUUAUGGGAUGUGAACGAUGGACGCUGUAUUGAGUUCACCAAGCUGGCCUGUGCUCACACUGGUAUACAGUUCUAUCAAUUCACCAUCGGCACCGAAAGGGAGGGACGCCUGCUUUGUAAUGGACAUUACCCAGAGAUCCUUGUGGUGGAUGCCACUAGCCUGGAGGUCCUGUACUCGCUUGUGUCCAAGAUCUCUCCUGACUGGAUCAGCUCCAUGAGCAUCAUCCGUUCCCACCGCACACAAGAGGACACAGUGGUGGCAGUGUCAGUGACUGGGAUCUUGAAGGUCUGGAUCAUCACAGCUGAGGUCAGCAAGAUGCAGGACCUGGACCCAGUGUUUGAAGAAGAGUCCAAACCCAUCUACUGUCAGGGCUGCCAGAGUAUUUCCUUCUGCACCUUCACUCAGAGCAGCCUGCUGGUGGUCUGCUCCAAGUACUGGAGGGUGUUUGAUGCAGGUGACUACUCGUUGCUUUGCUCAGUGCCCAGUGACAACGACCAGGCCUGGACUGGAGGAGAGUUCAUUGCUGCAGACAAAGUCAUCAUCUGGACAGAAGAUGGCUGCAGUUACAUCUACAAGCUGCCUGCCAGUUGUCUACCUGCUAGUGAACAUUUCCGCAGCGAUGUUGGGAAAACCAAAGAAGGCUCGAUCCCUCCUCUGGUCUACAGCAUCGCUAACCGCUCAGACAAACAGCUCCUCAUCUGUCCUCCCGUGACUCGGUUCUUCUUCGGCCGGCGUGAACCCUUCCACAAGCUGCUGAUCCAGGGAGACUCAGCGGGCAGACUGUCCCUGUGGAGCAUCCCAGACACCUCGCCUCUGCAGCCGCUGUCGACUGCUGCCGAGCUGCAGGUGUCGUCCACCAUCAGUCUCCAGGAGGCGUUUGAUAAGUUGACCCCCGUGUCUGCUGGGAUCAUCGACCAGCUCAGCGUCCUGCCUGGCAAAGAAGAACCCGUCAAGGUGACAGCCAGCGUGUACAUCCCCUCUCAGGGUCGACUGGUGUGCGGGAGAGAAGACGGCAGCAUCAUCCUGGUUCCUGCCACUCAGACCGCCAUCGUUCAGCUACUGCAGGGAGAGCACAUGCUCCGGAGAGGCUGGCCGCCGCAUCGUACCUUGCGAGGUCACCGGAACAAGGUGACAUGUGUCCUGUACCCGUACCAGAUCUCCCCCCGCUACGACCAGCGCUCACUGGUAUCUGGAGGAGUGGACUUCUCCGUCAUCGUCUGGGACAUUUUCACCGGAGAGAUGAAGCACAUCUUCUGUGUCCACGGAGGAGAGAUCACCCAGCUCAUCAUCCCCCCGGAAAACUGCAGCACUCGGGUGCAGCACUGCGUUUGCUCAGUGGCCAGCGACCACUCCGUCGGCCUGCUGAGUCUUCGGGAGAGGAAGUGCAUCAUGCUGGCGUCGAGACACCUCUUUCCCAUCCAGGUCAUCAAGUGGCGUCCGGCAGAUGACUACCUGGUGGUAGGGUGCUCUGACGGCUCCGUCUACGUCUGGCAGAUGGAUACAGGAGCCUUGGACCGCUGUGUGAUGGGUAUAACAGCAGUAGAGAUCCUGAACGCCUGUGAUGAGCUGGCUCCGGCCACCGUGGAUGCUCUGAGUCACUCUGCAGUGAACCUGAAGCAGGCGAUGACUCGCCGCAGUCUGGCGGCGCUGAAGAACAUGGCCCAGCACAAACUGCAGACGCUCGCCACCAACCUGCUGGCUGCAGACAACGCGGACAAGGGCAACCUGCCGAAAUACUCCCAUAAUGCCCUGGUGGUCCAGUCGAUGAAGACCAACCUGACGGACCCCGACAUGCACGUGCUGUUCUUCGACGUGGAGGCAGUGAUCAUCCAGCUGCUGACGGAGGAAGCCCAGAGACCGAACCCUACACUGGUGUCUCCGGAGACACUGCAGAAGAGCCAGGCUGGGGCCGACAAAGGGGGGUCCUUCCUCGCCAACAAGAUCUUCAAACAGGUGAAGGAGACGAUGAAGGAGACCAUAAAGGAGCACCUGCUGGAUGAAGACGAGGAGGAGGAGGAGGAGAUGAGGAGGCGUGAGGAGAAGUCCAAGUCUCUGAGUCUGCUGGAGUACAACCUGACGAUGGACACGGCCAAACUCUUCAUGUCCUGCCUGCACGCCUGGGGUCUCAAUGAACAGCUGGACGGCAUCUGUCUCGAGCGACUGGGCAUGCUCAGACCGCACUGCCCCAUCUCCUUCGGCCUGAUCUCCAGAGGAGGUCACAUGUCCCUCAUGCUCCCCACCUUCAAGGAGUCCUUGCUGUGCCAGUUGUCCCUGGCGACAGGUCGGAAGCUGACUCUGUCAGACAUCGUAGGGAAGGGUACGUACGGUGUGUCAAGGGCCGUCACCACACAGCACCUCCUGUCCGUCAUUUCGCUGGCCAACACUCUGAUGGGCAUGACCAACGCCACCUUCGUCGGGGAGCACAUGAAGAAAGCACCGGCCAGGCCUCCCAGACCAGGAGGAACCCCAGAGUCUCCACGCAGGACGCCUGCUGCCCCCCCCCAGCCCUCCUGCCCGGCGCUACAGGCCCAGAUCAAACAAGCUGCUGUAGCUGCCGCAGCCAACACCAGCACUGCUACUACUGCUGGGGCUCCAGGGGUCCCUGUGGGCCUUCCCCAGGGGGCCCCUGGUUCCCCCAGCCCCGGCCCUGCUUCUCAUAACAUCCCCUCAGUCAACGAAGGUUGGAGUCAGCUGGCAGCCAUGCAUUGUGUGAUGCUUCCUGACCUCCUUGGCCUGGACAAGUUUAGACCACCUCUGCUGGAGAUGUUGGCGAGGAGAUGGCAGGACCGCUGUCUGGAGGUGCGAGAAGCAGCACAAGCUCUUCUAUUGGCUGAGUUAAGAAGGAUUGGCCAAUCAGGACGCAAGGACACCAUCGACAUGUGGGCUCCCUACCUCCCUCAGUAUGUGGACACCGUCAGCUCCCCCGGGACAACCACCGAGCCGUCCCCUCCAGCCCCGCCCCCUCCUGAGGCUCAGCCGGUAGAAACCAAGGCUCCCGAGGAAGAAAUGGAUGUCACUGAUGACGACAUCACAGCAGGUUGUCUGUCCAACCUUCCACCAAAUGCCAAGAAGAUCUCCAAUUCGUACGAGGAGCGCCGUAAGCAGGCCACGGCCAUCGUGCUGCUGGGGGUCAUUGGGGCCGAGUUCGGCGCUGAGAUCGAGCCACCAAAGGGUUCGGCACGGGCUCGAACCGGUGGACAGGCACCCGAAGGCUUUGGCCUGACGAGCGGAGGAUCAUCCAACUACUCACUGGCCAGACACACAUGUAAGGCACUGACCUUCCUGCUGCUGCAGCCCCCCAGCCCCAAGCUACCCCCCCACAGCACCAUCCGCCGCACCGCCAUCGAUCUGAUUGGUCGAGGCUUCACUGUCUGGGAGCCUUAUAUGGACGUGUCAGCGGUGCUCAUGGGAUUGCUGGAGCUCUGUGCCGAUGCAGAGAAGCAGCUGGCUAAUAUUACCAUGGGCUUGCCCCUCAACCCGCCAGCGGAUUCAGCUCGCUCUGCUCGCCACGCCCUCUCUCUUAUCGCCACUGCCCGGCCGCCUGCCUUCAUCACCACUAUUGCACGAGAGGUUCAUCGAUACAACGCAGCGCAGGCGAACUCUCAGUCACAGCAGAACGUUCACACCACCACUCUGGCCCGAGCCAAGACGGAGAUACUGCGCGUGAUUGACAUUCUGAUAGAGAAGAUGCCUGGAGACGUUGUGGAUCUACUGGUCGAGGUGAUGGAUAUCAUCAUGUACUGUAUCGAAGGUUCUCUGGUGAAGAAGAAAGGACUACAGGAGUGUUUCCCUGCUAUCUGCAAGUUCUACAUGGUCGGUUACUGCGACCGCAGUCACCGCAUCGCUGUAGGAGCUCGUCAGGGUUCGGUGGUCCUCUACGACGUUCGAACUGGAAAAUGCCAGAACAUCCACGGCCAUAAGGGUCCAAUCACAGCGGUGUCGUUCGCGCCUGACGGCCGUUACCUGGCAACAUACUCCAACGCUGACAGCCACAUCUCCUUCUGGCAGAUGAACACCGGUCUGCUGGGGAGCAUCGGGAUGCUGAACUCGGCCCCUCAGCUCCGCUGCAUUAAGACCUACCAGGUUCCUCCAGUGCAGCCGGCGUCCCCGGGCUCCCAGAAUCACCUGAAGCUCGCACGCCUCAUCUGGACCUCCAACCGCAACGUCAUCCUGAUGGCCCAUGAUGGCAAGGAGCACCGCUUCAUGGUCUAAACCACAUCUGUAUCUCCAGCUGUAUCUCCGUUCUUUUAUCUGACAGACCUGCAGCUUUUUAGUUUGUUGUUUUUCUCUGGGGCAGAUUAUGAAAAGCUGUAGCAUGGAUUGGUCACUUUAAUUUUAGCUCCCAAAAUGUAUCCUGAGCUGCUGAGUCGAUCGGUUAAGAGAGUGUAAAAUGAAGGAGGCUGAUAGUGAAGUUUCACGUGGUUUUAAUUCAAAUGUUUGUCACUUGAAGUUUUCAAACUGCAGAAGUCAAAACCGAGCUCAGGUCCAGGUUUGGACUGGGUGAUUUUUUUUGGUUUAUGUCCCUUAGUGAUAAUUGUGAGUGAACUCACUUUAAAGGCCGUGAUACAAGGCUUGUUUACAUUUUAGACUGCAUUGAUGUAUUUUUAGUCGUUUACACCUUCUUUUCAUUCCUAUUUAUUUGCUGCAUGUCACAGAUCUGUUCUGUUGCUGCAGCCAUUCUGGGUCCCACCUAGUUUUUAGUUUACUUCAGUGCUAAUUAUGAGAAUCUUAUUAUUAAAUGUUUAAAAGUUAUUGCAGGCAUUUCUGGAUUUACUUUGCAGAAACACUGGACUGGGACAUGGAUGUAACACAGUGACUGAAAAAUGAAUUGAUCUUUGCCAUUUUUUCCAUUUUCUGCUCUUUAUAUUAAAGUUUGUUUGGGAGUGGACGAGUGAAACAGCAUCUUUAGUUUUCACAACUGGAAUGAAUCAUUUCUAGUUGACUCUUCUCCCUUUAAAGCUUUGGUACGCCCUAAACUCUCUAAGACAAGUACACACUUUUCACAUUUGUGUGUCUGUGUAGGUGUGUGAGCGCUUUGGUUCUUGCUUUUACUUUUGUGACACCUUGGAAGCUUUUCCAUCCUCUCUGAGCUUCACACAGAAAUGUGUGUGUACGUGUUUACACCCAAGUGUAUUUUCACUGUUAAGCACACAUUCUCACUUCAGACUGUUCAUCCUAAAAGCAUGAUUGCAGUAAAUGUUUAGAUGCUGGAGGUGCAGCAGUCAGUCACCACAGAUAUGUAAAAAUUCACAGAAGAAAAAUUCACACAAACUAAAGCAUAUCGUUAUUUUGGUCAGAUCUAAAGUGGAUGACAGCAACACUGAAUAGUUCAGCAAAAGGGGUAGUGGGAUGCAUAUAGUACAUAUGGUCCACAGAGAAUGGCCUGCUACUGGCUGCCACUAGAAUCAGCUUUAUAUCUUCAGAUGCAUCAGAAAUGCAAACAAGAGACUUUAACUUUUUAGUUUAGUGGCUCCUUUUACUAGGAACUGUUUGGUCAGAAAGGUGCAUGAGAUAUUUUGAUAAUUAUCCAACAUGAAUUUUGUCAUGUAGUCAGCCUUUGUGCAUAUCUCUUUGAGGUAGUUUUGUCCAUCAUCUUGUUGUUUGCAUUCAGCUUACUGUCUUCAGCCCGUCUGUUUUAUUCAGUAACAGUUUCCAUAUUUCCCUGUGUCCACAUGUUGGUCCAAAAUCCCACUUCACUCACUUCUUUCUGUCUCUGUCAGGAUGUAAAAACUUUCCUGAAGGUUUGUAUAUUUGAAGGAAAACAGUGGCUGCCUAUUUUCUUGCCUCAUUUUACCCCUCACAUGCUUUUCUUUUGGGGGGGUGUUUCUUUGCAGACGAUGACGCUUCGUAAUAGACUAAUAGAGGUGAAGACUGCUCUUCUUCUUGCAGCUUUUCUCUUGUCAUUCUUGCACCCACCUGACUUUUAGGAGGGUAUCUCUAGAUAUAAAUAUGUACAUAUACAGUUAGAACUGCUGUGUAAUGUAACCUGGUGUUAAUCUUCCUGUUUGGUGUAUUUAUUGUGGCUAAAGUGACUGUCUGCCUGGCACUAACUAGUUCUUCAGAUGAGAUAAUUUCUCAUCCACAGGCCAAAAAAUGGCAAUGUCUUCUCAUAACAUUGACAAUACCUGAAGAAAUAUUACAGUAUACAAUUUACAUCUUAUUCCAUUAUUACAUGAGCAGUCAGUACUCAUAGGUCUGACCACAUCCAUCAUCAAACUCGGCCUUCAUUUUGUGAGUUUUGUGACUAUCUUUCACAGUUGUGACAGAGGUAUGAACACCUGCCAAAAAUAUGAAACUGCCUCUGUGGUAGUUCCUGUUACAGUAGGUGUCUGCAGGACCACAUUUUGUCAUGAUGGCACAAACACACAGACUCACAAGGUGGAAACAAUAGCAGCCACAUGUGUCACGGCUGGUCACAGUCGUUUAUUUUACAGUUUAAUAUUCAUUUUUCAUGUUGUGUUAUAAAAGAAAACUGCAACUCUUCUCUUAAAUGUUAUUAACAUUCCUUAUUACUAACAGCAGGUACAAUUAGUCAAGGAAGCAUCCUAUUAGCAUGGGGGCUAACCAUACCCAUCGCUGCUUAUGGGGGAAUGCGAACAGCUGUAACAGCGUAAUCUGUUUAAAGACAAACUGUUUUUGUGGAUCUCCAGUGGUUUAUCUUCUCAUCUUGCUUCAGUGGUGUAGGAGUGAACUCAGGGUGUGUCAGUACACCGUGAUAUCACUGUUUUUUUCUGAUGCAACAGACGUGUUUUUGCACAUUAUACCUUCACUGUCAGUCAGAACCUUCUUGCUUUAAAGUGUUGUUUUAGUGCUCAGAGUUGGAGUUUUAUGCAGAGAAAGAAAUAUAUAUAUACAUCUAUGUAUAGAGAUAUGAUAUUUAUAAAGUAAAAGUUUGCUGUCAUUGUCUCCACCAAGGAGGUUAUGUGUUAAAUGUGUGUUUGUUUGUUGGUUGGUUGGUUUGUUUGUUUGUUUGUUUGUUUGUUAGCAGGAUUACACAAAAAGUACUGAACUGAUAUGCACCAAACUUGGUGGAGGGAUGGGCCGCGGGCCAGGGAAGAACCCACUUUUGGGGCAUAGAUGGGUCAUUUACUAUAGAUUAUAAUUAUGAUUUUUUUUGUCCUGUUAAAUCUGGUUUAAGUUAUUUGACAUUGGCCUUGGUGGAGGUCUGGAGUCUACUCAACGCAUUUCAAGUUAUCAGACUGCGGAUAGAUGUUUUUACUUUUGCUUUUUGUGACACUUGGAAGCAGCUCGCAUACGUCUGAAGAGUUUGGUUUUAAGCACAUUUCAUUUGCUUUGCUUCCAUCUUUUGAACCCCUUUCCUCUCCUUUCCUCCUCCUUUCCUCCUCCUCUCCUCUGUCCUCCCUCCUUUCCUUCCUCCAUCUGUCAGUUUCAUUAGUGCUGUCAGAAAGCUUCUAACACCGUUACACACCUGUAAACCCGAGCGUGUCAAAGCUUUUCACAAGUUCUUCCUCUCCUCAAAAAAAAAUAUCCAGCAGCUCGUCAGAUGGGUUUUUGAAAACACACACACACACACACACACACACACAGACAAACACAAACGUCAAGUCCCAGCCAGCUUUGCUACGCCAGGUCCAGACAGCUUUGAGAUCUUGAUUUUACAUUUUCUCCACCACUCUUAACAGUUUGAGAAAAUAUGUUUUUGGCAGCCUCUCAGGGGAGGAAAGGUGAGAAAAAUAAAGGAGGCAGAGAGGAAGAGCUGAAGAGUAAGUAACAAGCGAGGAAGAUCAGGUCAUCCACCCAGAAAAAGAAGGUUCUUUGGUGAAGGUAGUGAACCGAAAUGUCUUCAAGAACCUUGUGGUUUUAUCAAGUACAUGAAAAACGUGAUACAGCUACUGAGAAUGUCUCCGAAAACAGUUUCACUUUUAGCAUUUGAUAUAUUCAUAAAAUGGAUCUUAACAGCGCUGUACAGAAGAGCUCUGUGACUGCAUGAGAGAAACAUUUGUAUAUUUUAGGUCCCUUUGUUUCUUCUGUUUUCUCUUUCUCCUCCUUCCUUUUCUUGUUUCCUGAACAUGUGAAGCAGCUUCUGCCUCUGACUGCAAACAAAGGAUUUCCCUCAGUUAUCAACAUUUCCACUGUGUGAUGAUCAGCUGAUUAUGUGGUUUAGAAAGUCUCUGCUUACUCAGUUUUCAACAGCAAACAUUCAUUUCUGAAUUUCACACUAAAUGUAAUCAGCAUUUUUUUUUCUUAUUGAUUUUGAUGUGAUUAUAUAUUAAUUGUUUAUAAAGACAGUAGACUCAGUCUAAAUAUUUAAGAUUGUAUGUGUGUGUGUGUGUGUGUGUGUGUGUGUGUGUGUGAGUGAUGUAGUGCAUGUAUACAAGCUCCCCACAGUUGAAUCUACUGUGCAUCAUAAAAACAACAUGUGUUUAAAUGUGUUGUUGUUGUUGUUGUUGUUGUUGUGUCCAAUAAAAAUGAAAAUGAGACCAUCAGA